AUGUACCCGCGCCCGAUCGUCCCAGUCGCGCUCCUCGGAUCCGCCAUUGCGGUCCAGGCGGCUCUGGAUACGCUGGCGGAUGAUGAGGCCGUCCUUUAUGACGGCCAAAUGAUCUUGGCCGGUCUCACGAUCGCGCCCCAAAGGUUAGUCUCGUCUCGUUCUCAUGACUUUUCUCUUAUGUGUGCUUCAUUUCAGAGCCGGAGAGUACCGGUUCAACGAAAAGUACUCCAUGAGAAUGAAGCUCAGGGAGUACAAGAACAUGGAGAUCACUGGGGACGAAGUGAUUGUGGAGGACAAGGGAGGCGCCUACAUCGCCUCCCUUCUGACAGUCAUCAGGCUGCCAUCGUAAGUUUUCUUUUCGUUUUUUUUUUUCUUAAAUCCAUACAAACUAUCGCUUUUCAGGCUGCUCGAUCUGACGAGGGAACGACAGCGCCGAAAAGACUUCACAAAGUCGGAGAGGAAGCAGAAGAAGGAGCUGAUCAAGAGGGAAACGGAGAAGAAAGAAAAGGAAGCGAUUGAGGAGGCACGGGUCCGAUCGCCGCGCUUUCAAUGCUGA